CCCAUCGCCUGUACCCAUCCAUCUACUCCACCGACGGUGAUAUGGACUUGCUCUCCAUCACCGCUUCUGUUGCGAGUGUGCUAACUCUUGCCGGAGAAAUCACCAACUCGCUGGCGGCGGUCGCCUCUACAACCGGCAGCAGUGCACCGUUGCUUAUGACGCAUGUCCUGAACGGAACAGAAAGCCUCGUGGCAAUAUUUUCACAAUUACAGAGUCACCUCCUUCUGCGCACGCCAAUAUUUAACAACCAUGUGUCUCAAGUUUCGUUAGAACAUCUUUCCGUCAUGUUGGCGAGUUGCGUUGUAACCUUCUCGGAACUACACACGGAACUUCAGGGCCUGGUAGUGAGAGAUGCGGCGAUGGGUUGGUGGAAUCGAGUCAGAUGGCCGCAGCGAGAGGGUGCACUGCAAAAAAUUGUCGAGAAGCUCGCCGCGCAUAGGGCAUGCUUGAACUAUAUAUUGACCGUACUGCCCUGCGAGUCGGAGUCCCACGCCGAGCUGUCGACGAACGAGACGCGCAUUCGCGUCGAUAUACCAAUCGAAAGCAACGAACGUUUGUCGACACUUAUGCAGCGGCGCAGUGCAGGGGAAUACUCUACACGCGGGCCUGAUGAGGAGGAGGAGGAUGACAAACCCGACACUCUACGGCGUAGGUCACGGAUGUGCAGACCGACGGUCACCCCCGGAGAAGCCGUUUCACAAUCUUUGACCCCCUUGCACCAUCCCGUCGAUUGGGAAUUCGAAGAUACGCUCUUAAAGUCUCGCGUCUACUCCCGCAUGGGAAUGCAUUCUACCAGUGGGUCAUCGCGCAGCGUUAAGACACUGGAGUCGCCCUGGUCACAGCUCACCGAUAUUUCGUCGGCCGACAUCUCGAACAUCUCAGUGGUUACCCCUAGUGUCCGGCGGAAUGAACUACCGGACAGCUGCCACUGGUUCAACUUUGAUUCUUCCGGAUUAGAGGAGCCGCCGGAUUGGGACAACCUCUUCUAUCAAGGUUUUACUUCUUCACGAGCAACUAGUGAGGAUGGUGAAGGAUCCAGUGAUGACAGAAGUUGUUCCGGUGACGAAAGUGAAGUACCGAAUUACGAUGACGCAACGAUCAGCGACAAUGGCGAGGGAUCAAAUGACGACUACGGGGGAUCUAUUCACGAUACCAAAGGUUCCAGCGACGACAGUGGAGAAUCCAGUGACGAUGAUGAUGAUGAAUUGAUCCUGACUUCUGUGCUCCACGAACCACCCCAGGACGAGAGCGAUAGAACGUCCGACUGGCGCACUGCGGAUGCGAUCGAGCCGCAACAGAAUCAACUACUACCAUUUAACCCGGUCAGGCCAAUCAAAAUGGGCCUCGCACUGUUGGGUAGUACAUGCACCGGGAAGAGUGGGCUCUUGCACAAAUCGGGGGGUCCCACCGUCUACGAGAAAUACUCUCGCACCUUUCUUGACGGAGGACUCGAGCUUGACAUACUUGAUACUUCGGGUCUCACGGAAUACCAUCACUUACGUCACUUGGCGAUCGACAGUUGCGAACUAUUUCUUCUCGUUUACUGUACCGAGCCACACCCCGAGGAUAGUUGGUUGAUGGUGAAAGAUCUAGUUUAUGAGAUCAGGGAACGGAAAGCGAGGGGCUCAUUCGGUGGGGCGAAGGCUCCAAGCAACGACUAUUCCAUUCUCAUCUUCGAAAACCAUUACGGCAUGCCCCGGCGUCACGAAGAUUACUCCCGGGAAACCAGACAGUGGGCAAACGACAAUGGACUCGACUUUGUGACUGGAGACAGCCAUGACCUAAACAUGGGCCAAACUCUGUUCAUCCGACUGGCCAGUAAUCGGAAAGCGUCGCCGCGCGGGUAUGGGUGGGCUAUGGGGAUGAUUACCAAGGCAUGUCUCACAGUCCAUAAUUAG